AUGGGAACUUUUCGACAAAUGUUCAGAAAUAAGACACAAGUCAUCGAUCAUUUCAAUUAUUACGAUGAUCAAGUCAAAGGAAAUGACUGUUACAUUCAAGGCGGACUAGAUUUCACUCGAUUGAAAGAUUAUUUCGAAAAAUAUGCAAAAACUCAUCACGAUCCGAAAAUCAGUGUUAUCUUCGCAGUAAUGACCAAGGACGCUAUUCACAUGACUGCGGAAUUCCACGUUUCCUCUCAGACUUGGUUGGGAUUCGAAGAUCAUUUUCAUAUGCUUAUCAGAGCAGUCAAUGAUGACGCGGUUGGAUGGGGAGUGCGUUACUUGUCAAUGGCGUUCAACUGCUGA